UUGUUUAACCUACUGACUCGUGGACAGGACAGGCAUGCUAGUUCCUUUUAUACAACCAAAAAACUGGUUCUUUUCUUGUGUCCGAGACUGACAAAAGAUUUUGAUGAAUGGAUUUCUCGCAUGGAAAGCAAGAAGUGGGUUCUAAUUUAAGGAUUACUUUAAACAAAAGUAACCCAUUUGAAAGUUGGUUUUCUUGAUAGAGAAACUGGGUUGUAUCAGUGGAAUUCAAGAGUAUUUGUUUGUUUCUCUGCUCCUGCACAUUCGACUUCAAUGGCCAUCAGAAGCAGAGAAAUUCCCUUGUGUUUUUUAGCUUUUUUAUGGUUUUUGAAUGCUGCAAAUGGAUUGCUAUCUCCCAAAGGAGUAAACUUUGAAGUGCAAGCUUUAAUGGGAAUAAAAGCUUCUCUACAUGAUCCUCAUGGGGUUCUUGAUAAUUGGGAUGGGGAUGCUGUUGAUCCUUGUAGCUGGACUAUGGUCACCUGUUCUCCUGAGAGUCUCGUCAUUGGCCUGGGAACUCCUAGCCAGAAUUUAUCGGGUACUCUUUCUCCAAGCAUUGGUAACUUGACUAAUCUUCAAAUUGUGCUCUUGCAGAACAACAAUAUCACAGGACCGAUUCCUGGAGAGUUAUGGAAGCUGUCAAAGCUUCAUACACUUGAUCUUUCUAACAACUUCUUCACUGGGGUAAUUCCUUCUUCUCUAGGCCAUCUGAGGAGUCUCCAAUACAUGAGGCUAAAUAACAACAGUCUCUCUGGAGCUUUCCCAAUGUCAUUGGCUAACAUGACCCACCUUGUGUUUCUGGACUUGUCUUACAAUAAUCUGAGUGGCCCUGUAGCCAGGUUUCCGGCUAAGACAUUCAACAUUGUUGGAAACCCUCUAAUCUGUCCAACUGGGUCUGAACCGGAAUGCUUUGGUACAACACUAAUGCCAAUGUCCAUGAACUUGAAUAGCACACAAACUGCUUUACCUUCUGGCAGAUCAAGGAAUCACAAAGUAGCCCUUGCCUUCGGCUCUAGCGUUGGUUCUGUCUCACUCCUCAUUCUUGUGCUUGGAUUACUUCUAUGGUGGAGGCAAAGGCAGGAUAAAUCGACAUUUUUCGACGUUAAGGAUCAACAUCACGAGGAAAUUUCUCUUGGAAACUUAAGGAGGUUUCAAUUUAGAGAACUUCAGGCGGCGACAAACAACUUCAGCAACAAGAACAUACUUGGAAAAGGAGGAUUUGGCAAUGUGUACAAAGGGAUUAUCCAAGAUGGGACUGUUGUUGCUGUCAAGAGGCUUAAGGACGGAAAUGCUGUCGGAGGAGAUAUUCAAUUCCAAACCGAAGUUGAAAUGAUCAGCCUAGCCGUGCAUCGUAACCUCCUCAGGCUAUAUGGAUUUUGUAUCACACCAACAGAAAGGCUUCUAGUCUACCCAUACAUGUCGAAUGGCAGCGUAGCUUCCCGUCUCAAAGGGAAGCCGGUCUUGGAUUGGAGCACCAGGAAGAGAAUUGCACUAGGAGCUGCAAGGGGACUAUUAUAUCUCCAUGAGCAGUGUGAUCCAAAGAUAAUUCACAGGGAUGUUAAGGCAGCAAAUAUUUUACUUGAUGAUUAUUGUGAGGCUGUGGUUGGGGAUUUUGGGUUGGCAAAGCUCUUGGAUCACCAAGAUUCACAUGUCACCACAGCUGUGAGAGGCACGGUUGGGCACAUAGCACCAGAAUAUCUAUCUACAGGACAAUCCUCAGAGAAAACAGAUGUUUUUGGAUUUGGUAUCCUGCUCCUUGAAUUAAUCACAGGCCAAAGAGCGCUAGAAUUCGGCAAGGCAGCGAACCAGAAAGGAGCCAUGUUAGACUGGGUAAAGAAAAUUCAUCAGGAGAAGAAGCUUGAAAUGCUUGUAGAUAAGGAUCUAAAGGGUAACUAUGACAGAAUUGAGCUCGAAGAGAUCGUCCAAGUGGCUCUCUUGUGCACCCAAUUCCUUCCAAGCCAUAGACCAAAAAUGUCUGAAGUGGUUAGAAUGCUUGAAGGUGAUGGAUUAGCAGAGAGAUGGGAAGCUUCUCAAAGAGUAGAAGCAACCAAGUCGAAAGCCCACGAGUUCUCUUCAUCAGAUCGAUAUUCUGAUCUCACUGAUGACUCUUCAUUACUAGUCCAAGCAAUGGAGCUUUCUGGCCCAAGGUGAAUUCUUCAUAGAGUUUCACAUAUUUUGGCUUUUUCCUACUACCCUUCAAAGAGACUUAGAAAUAUUAAAAUGAAAUUUAUAGGUGAAGUUGUUUUGUAAUAGUUGUAUGAUGUUUGAAGCUUCUUUUUUGGUUGUAUAAUGAGGAUCUUAUCAAAGCUCCAAAGGGUUUUGAUGUUUUCAUUGAAUUGUACAGAUUUUGUUCUUGUGAACUGACAGAGUUUCCAUAGAAAUUCAUGUAUUUUUAUUCCUAAGGAGUUGCAAUCAAGAUAAAAAAAAAUUAUUUAUAUAAAAAUUAAAUAAAA